GUAACUGCUAUACUUAUUGUGGGGCUGUGGCUAACGUUGAGCCAUUUACCUAUAAGCAAAUUUUAAGUACGGAUGGUAGUUUUAGCUUUCUUAAAUGUUAUACUUUAAUGUUUGGUAUGUUAUUUUAUAACUGGAGUCAAUUCAAAAGUGUAUUAGGUAUAAAAUAGCAGCAUAGAUGUUCUUAAAAAAAACUACAGAUGGUGAAAAUGAGCCAAUUUUACAGAACGAUGAUUCAAAGCCCCUGUUACCGGUUCGGUAUAUCAUUGUAUUCUUUUGUUUUAUGGCCAACACUUUCAGUUAUGGUAUGCGCAUCAACUGGAGCAUUGCCAUUCUAGCUAUGGUUUCAAAAAAAAAGUUUCACCAAUCUAAUUCGUCUACAGAAGUGCUUUUAGGAGGUAAUGAGACUUUAGUAUUUGACUGGGACAUGAAAACGCAGCAACUAAUUUUGGGUUCGUUUUACUACGGAUAUACCUUAACGCCUUUUCUUGGUGGUUGGUUAGUUGGAAAAGUUGGCAGUUUCCGUGUAUUGUUGACAGGCUUGUUGUUAUCGUCUCUGAUGAUGCUAUUGACACCAAUUUCUGCAAAAAUAAGUGUUGUUUUAGUGAUACUAACUAGAGUAAUUGAUGGAAUUGGGCAGGGCGUUGUUUUUCCGUCAACAUAUAGCAUCAUUUCAAAGUGGUCAAAACUUAACGAACGUAGUACAUUUAUAUCCAUAUCAACGUCAGGUUACAAUAUCGGGUCAAUAGUAUCAAGUUAUGUGUCUGCUUGGCUAUGCUCAUCGUAUUUUUUAGGCGGAUGGCCUUCUACAUUCUAUGGAGCUGGUAUAUGUGGCAUCAUUUUGAGUUUUGGGUGGUUCAUUAUUGGAUCGAAUGAUGCAACCAGCAACCGAUGGAUAUCAAAUUAUGAACGAAAAUUGAUAUUAUCAUAUGGAAUUGAAGAUACGCAAAGUGAAAAUAUAGACAUAUACCAGGUGCCGUGGAAGAGUAUUCUCACAUCGGCUCCUGUAUGGUCGUUAUGUGUUUGCAAUAUUGGUUUUGACUACGGAUAUUACUUCCUAAGUACAGAUGUUCCAAUAUUCUUCAAAACAAUUUUGGGAUUUCAAAUAAAAACGACUGGACUACUAUCUGUGCUACCCCAAAGUGCUAUGUUUAUAACAAUGAUUUUUGGAGGCGUCCUUGCAGACAACCUGAUACUUAGUGGAACAUUGAGGAUAAUAACCAUACGGAAACUAUUUGGUUUUCUUGGACUUGGAUUCUCAUCAAUAAUACUCGUCUCUCUUGGUUAUUUUAUUAACGAUGUAACACUUGUUGUUACUAUGAUGGUCGGUGUGUUCGCGAUGUAUGGAUUUUUUAUUCCUGGAAUUGAUGCUAAUACAAUGGAUAUUGCACCAAAUCAUUCAGCAUUGCUAAUAGGAAUUAUGUUUUCGAUAUCUAGUCUUACUGGUUUCAUAGCUCCAGCCGUAUUAGGAGCAUUGACAAACAGAACGAAUACGAUUUUUCAAUGGAGGGAGGUGUUUUGGAUUGUUGCUGGGAUACAACUAUUUGGACUGGUAGCUUUUUUAAUUUUUGGAAGUGGUGAGGAACAAGAUUGGUCAAAAGCUCAUAAAAAAUCCAAUACUGAUAUCGCCUUGCUUGAAAUACCGUCAACAAAUUCAAAAGAAGCGAAUUAGCCUUCCUAACUUGUCUGAGUUCUGAGGAGACCAUUAUUUAUGUCUCUGCUUUAUGUUAUCGGCAGUAGUUUUGGUGGUGGUUAGGAGAUGGUAGGUAGAUGUUUGGAGCAAGCAAUCUUAAAGUAAAACAUAGAAACUGUCCCAACACCAGGAAAGUUAAAUUAAAAAAAAAAGAAUAAAAAAUAAAGAAAGAAAAAAAAAUGAUCGCCCAAAACACCUCAGAGGUUAUUUUUGGGGGUCUAAAAAAAAAAAAAAAAAAAACAACU